AUGGAGGAACUGGCGCGUGAGAGCAUCCGCAGCAUCAGCCUGCUGUACAAACCGGCCCGAGGUACCGAAGCAGCACCGCGUCUCGGCUCAUUCGGUGCAGUUUUCAUCAUGCUGAAGUCUGCACUCGGAGCCGGACUCCUCAACUUCCCCUGGGCUUUCGAGAAGGCAGGAGGUGUGAGCAGAGCCGUCAUUGUAGAGAUGGUGUCUCUGAUAUUCCUGAUCAGCGGCCUGGUGAUCCUCGGGUACGCCUCGUCUAUCAGCAGGCAGAACACGUAUCACGACGUGGUGAGAGAAGUGUGCGGCCGCAGGAUCGGUUAUCUCUGUGAGAUCUGCUAUGUCUUUAACCUCUUCAUGAUCUCUGUGGCCUUCCUCGUGGUGGUGCAGGACCAGCUGGAGAAGUUGUGUUUGUCCUUAUAUGAAAUGGCGACAGGAGCAACGGUGAUGCAACAUCACUGGUAUACAGAUCAGAGCGUCGCACUCUUCAUCGUGUGCCUCGUCAUCAUCCUCCCUCUGUCCAUCCCCAGAGAAAUCAGCAUCCAGAAAUACACCAGUGUAUUAGGAACCCUGGCUGCUACGUACCUCGGCGUGGCUGUAAUUGUUAAAUAUUACCUGAACGAGGAGCACAAUGCAGAUCUCCGUCCUCAGUGCACAGGGUUGGACUCGUGGGCCUCCAUGUUCAGCGUCGUUCCCACCAUCUGCUUUGGCUUCCAGUGCCAUGAAGCCUGCAUUGCUAUUUAUAGCAGCAUGGAAAACAAAAAGAUCAGUCACUGGGUCUUCAUCUCUGUAGUGUCCAUGAUCUUCUGUCUGCUCAUCUACACUCUCACAGGGGUGUUCGGUUUCCUCACAUUUGGACGGAGCGUGGCGUCGGAUAUUCUGAUGUCAUAUCCUGGAAACGAUGUGGCGAUGAUCAUCGCCAGGCUGCUGUUUGGGAUCUCCAUCAUCACAGUCUAUCCCAUAAUACUUCUCCUGGGAAGGACCGUCAUCCUGGCGUUGGUGCUGCGUCACCAGGAGCAACGCUCCAUGGUUACGGUGGAGUUCGAGUGCCGUUGUCGAGUGCUUCUGACCGUCCUGUGGAUCGCCGUGACGCUUCUCAUUGCUGUCUACGUUCCGGACAUGAGUGACGUCAUUAGUGUGAUCGGAGGAAUCAGCGCCUUCUUUAUCUUCAUUUUUCCUGGGCUGUGUCUCAUUUUCGCCAUGCAGACAGAACCAUUAGAUCACAGAUUAAAGAUGUUCCUGACAGGAUGGGGCGUCAUCACUGUUGUCGUUGGAGCCUUCAUCUUUGGCCAGAGUACCACCGUCGCUGUCAUGGAGUUCACACACAAGGCUUGAUCAUCAUCAUCAUUAUAUUAUAUUAUUAUUAUUUUAUUAAUUACAAAAUAAAUAAAGACAGGGUUUAUCUGAUGCUGAUGCUGGAGGAAUUCGUCCUACUUACUUACCUCCAUCAUCCACAUUUUUACUGUUACUGAGUAGAAAUAAUGAGCAGUUUAAUCAGGAAUACAUUUAAUCAAAUUGUCUAACAUGAGAAUAUAUUUAGCUAGCUUUGGAUUGAGUAUUAAUACGAGAGUUUAAAUUAGCCCACCGUCAGACGUUUCCUUAAAAAAAAUAAAAGAAGAAGAAGAAGAUUUGAACUCACUGAUUGAGGAUAGUUUGUGAUUGGAUCCAGCAAAACGUUCAAAACAUUUUAUCUUUUUUUAAACUGUUGUUUUACAUUACACUGAAAAAACCUGUGGUGAAAGGUUGCCAUUUUGGAAGGUGGAAUUCAUUGUAAUUGUAAGCUGUUAGAAUAUUUUUGUUGUUUGUCAUUAUUAUUAUUAUUAUUAUUAUUAUUAUUAUUAUUAUUAUUAUUGUU